AUGGCGUGGCAGGUGGACGGGACCUGCAGUACUGGAGAGUUCCGAGUACUCAGGAGACCCAGAGACCCAGAGACCCCUCAAGGCCAGAAGCCAACCGCCCACGGCCCCAAACCUUGCCAGUCCGAAAACCAGACACCCAACAAGCACGACCAGCGAGUCACGGCCGAGGGCGGAUCAAGGUGGCGCGCUAAGCCCAACCCGGUGGAUUGCGCAGCAGAAGUCUGGGGCAACAAUCCAAUCAGCCCCCACGAGUUGGACACUAUUUCCAGCGUGCAUGACGCCAUGGAUGGGGCAUGGCGUGAUCCAUUCUGA